CACUGAACGUCACGUCCGCACUUGAACUUGAGUUUGUAGAAGCCAGAGAGCCGCACGAGAGCCGCGCACAGCCACGCAGCCCGGGGAUGCGGACACACACUCAGACACAGGCGGAAGCUCGGCACUAGUGUCCUCAGAGCAGCGCGCGCUCCACACCGAGACACGCUCACGUGCCCAGAAGCUCCGCUCCUCCUGGAUCCUAUUUACCCCCGUGUCCGGACGCGCGCGCCCAGGUCCGGUGUCCGGAGAGUGGACACUGACCGUCCCGUCAGGAGCGGACCCUCGCGCGCACACUGCCGGACUGUCCUCGCGCGCACACUGCCGGACUGUCCUCGCGCACACUCCUGGACUUUACCUGCGCUCGCCGCUUCAGUCGCCGCUUCAGUCGCCGCUUCAGUCGCCGCUUCAGUCUGACUGAAGCCUUCACUUUGGCACCGAGCUCUGACAGAGCCUCCGGCCGCCCCGCGCUGCACCUCGUCCCGCCACAGCUCCGCGCACGGCUCCGGGAGGGGUUCGCUCUGAGGGACCCGCGCUGGACGAGCAGCGGCCGCUGGGGCCAGAGCGAGAAGGAGGCGAGAGGAGAACCGGAGGAGAGACACUUCCAGCGCCGCUCUCCGGGCGAUGCCAGUGUAAAUGCCAGGGCAAUGUCCCGAAGAAAGCAGGGGAACCCACAGCACCUGUCCCAGAGAGAAAUCACUCAGGUCGAGCACCCCGAUGGAGGCCUGCUCGCUGACUCCCUCCACCCGCACCCCCACCCGCUCGCCUUACCCCCCCACGGCCUGCCCCCGUCCCUGCCCCCGCACCUCCCCCACCUGGACCCCGCGCUGGCCCACGCCCUCCCGCCCGGUCUCCACGACGACCACGACCUGCUGACCUGCGGGCAGUGCCAGCUCACGUUCCCGCUCGGCGACAUCCUCCUCUUCAUCGAGCACAAGAAGAAGCAAUGCCAGACGCCGCCGCUGCUAGCUAACGGCUGCUACGACAAAAUGGCCGACCGAGGGGGAGGAGGCGGGGGAGGCGUGGGAGGAGGAGGCGGCGGGGGGAGUCCGCCGACCAUGCAGAGUCUUCAUCAUCAUCACCAUCAUCAUCAUCAUCCGUCGCAGAGGCUGGAGCUGAAGAAGGUGGUGGAGCCGGUGGAGAUCGGGAUCCAGGUGACUCCGGAAGAGGACGAGGAGACGGGGAGAGGCGCGGGAGGAGAGAGGGGGGAGAGGACGCCCCCUAAAGGAAUUUGUCCCAAACAGGAGAACGCACUUGGAGGAUUAGGCGGAGCGCUGGCAGGACGAGCCCCCUUCGCCUCCACACCAUCACAACCUCCACCACCUCCUCCACCACCUCCUCCACCUCCUCCUCCACACCCCCCUCGCACUCCCCAGUGGUCCGGGCCCCUGUUUGGGAUAAGCCGGUACGCUCUGGCUCCCUCCUCUGGCGGCCGAGAUGAACCCUCCAGUUACAUCUGCACUAGCUGUAAGCAGCCGUUCCCCAGCGCCUGGUUCCUGCUGCAGCACGCCCAGAACACCCACGGCAUCCGGAUCUACCUGGAGUCCAACCCCUCCAGCGCCGCCCUCACCCCCCGCAUCACCAUGCCCCCGCCCAUGCCCAACGACGCCAUCCCGCAGUCCCCCCUCACCAACUUCCUGGACAACAACCCCUUCCACCUUCUCCGAAUGACGGGGCCCCUCCUCAGAGAACCUCCGCCGGGGUUCGGGGAGAACCGGCUGCCCAACACGCCCCCCUUCGUCAGCCCCCCGCCCCGACACCACCUGGACCCCCACCGACUGGAGCGGCUCAGCGCGGAGGAGAUGGGGCUCAUAUCCCAGCACCCCAGUGCCUUCGAGCGGGUGAUGCGCCUCACGCCCAUGGCCAUGGAGUCUCAGUCCAUGGACUUCUCCAGACGACUCCGAGAGUUAGCAGGGAACAACAACAACACCACGCCCCCCCUGUCCCCCAGCCGGGGCAACCCUAUGCACCGACUACUCAACCCCAACCCCUUCCAGCCCGGGCCCAAGUCGCCCUUUCUCAGCACCCCUCCCCUCCCGCCCAUGCCCCCCAACAGCACCACCCCCCCACAGACACAGAACAAAGUCAAGUCCUGUGAAUUCUGCGGAAAGACCUUCAAGUUCCAGAGUAACCUGGUGGUUCACCGACGCAGCCAUACUGGAGAGAAACCAUACAAGUGCCAGCUGUGCGACCACGCCUGCUCCCAGGCCUCCAAGCUCAAGCGCCACAUGAAGACGCACAUGCACAAGGCGGGCUCUCUGACCGGGCGCUCUGACGACGGGCUGUCCACUACCAGCUCCCCCGAGCCCGGCACCAGCGACGUGACCGGGGAGGGCAUGAAGAAUCGAGACGGAGACUUUCAGGGCGAGGGCAACGAGGAGGAAGAGGAGGAGGAGGAGGAAGAGGAGCUGGAGAACGAGAGUCGGCCGGAGUCUAACUUCAGCAUCGAGUCUGAGUUUUACAGGAACCGAGAGAACGGCCCCAAAGCCCCCUCAGACGAGAAGAGCGCCCUCAGUCUGGAGAAGAUGGUGGAGGCCGGAGGUCUGAACUCCAUCCAGCCCUACAAUAACCUAAUCGUCGACAAUCGUAAGAGGAUGCCCUUCUCCAAAAGAAACUCCGACGGCCCUCGGGACAUCGGAGACGAGGACUCCGUGGCUGAGAUGGACCACCACCACCAUCAGCCCGAGGAGAGGACCACCAUAAACGGCCGGAACUGCGGUUCUGGCGACUCUUUCUCAGGCCUGUUCCCCCGGAAACCCACACCCAUCACCAGCCCCAGCCUGUCCAACUCCUCCAAUAAGAGAAUAAAGAUCGAGAAGGACCUGGACAUCCCCCCUGCCCCCCACAUCCCCUCAGAGAACGUGUACUCGCAGUGGCUGGUGGGCUACGCCGCCUCGCGACACUUCAUCAAAGACCCUUUUCUCGGCUUCACUGACUCCAGACAAUCGCCCUUUGCCACGUCGUCGGAGCACUCGUCCGAGAACGGGAGCCUGCGCUUCUCCACCCCCCCUGGAGACCUGCUGGACGGGGGUCUGUCGGGACGCAGCGGCACGGCCAGCGGGGGGAGCACUCCUCACCUGGGGGGCCCGGGGCGUCCCAGCUCCAAGGACAGUAAGAGGUGUGACACGUGCGAAUACUGUGGCAAAGUGUUCAAAAACUGUAGUAACCUGACAGUUCACCGGCGCAGCCACACGGGGGAGCGUCCGUACAAGUGUGAGCUGUGUAACUACGCGUGUGCGCAGAGCUCCAAACUCACGCGGCACAUGAAGACGCACGGACAGCUGGGUAAAGAGGUGUACCGCUGCGACAUCUGCCAGAUGCCCUUCAGCGUCUACAGCACGCUGGAGAAACACAUGAAGAAGUGGCACGGGGAACAUUUGAUGACCAACGAGGUGAAGAUCGAGCAGGCCGAGAGAGCCUAGCUCCGCCUCGGACUCACGGACUCAGAGGAGCUGGAUACUCUGAACAUUUAGGUUCAUUUUGUGUUUUUGCCUAAGAAAUUGCCAACUGAGAAAAACGUGAAAACAUUGAACACAACUGAAGCUGUCUAAACUGCCUCACGUGGCGUUUCUUUUAAACAAUCAGUCAGUUGAGUUCAAACAUUUGUGGAGCCUUUAACUGUGCAAUAAUUUGUGUAUUUAUUGGAUUUUGUACUCUGGCAUGUGCAGGUUCUUUUUUAUUUCUGCAUUUGGGUUAUUUUGUAUGAUUUGACCUUGAGUUGCUUUUUUACCCACGAUAUCCUGAGAGUUUUUUAAAUGACAAAUUUCAUUUGGCCGCUGCUUGUAGGAAAUGUAUAUUAAGCUAAAUGUGUGAUUUGUUGAAGAGAAGCUGAAUUCAAUCUUUGAAAGUGUGUUUUAUCUGAGAAUAGAGUAGUACAGUACUCGAGUAGUAUAAUACUGGAGUAGUAUAGUACUCGAGUAGUACGAUGCUUGAGUAGUAUAUGUGUGUGUGACGCGGACAACAAUCCUUUGGCUUCGUAGCAUGAACUGACUCUAAAGACGACAGGAGAAUUGGACAUGUAGCACUGAGUGUCAUUCUGACGGUAAAUCGGACCAGUCCCACACGAGCCCCAGAGGUGAAGGCAGCUGCUCAGGCCCACGUCAAACACGUCCUCCACCGUGUCUCCUCCUCCACCGCGUCUCCUCCACCGCGUCUCCUCCACCGCGUCUCCACCUCGUCUCAUUCUAGUUUCACCAUUUCAUCUGCAUCUUUACAUCUUCACUUCGCCGUUUAGUUUCACCCGUUCAUCUUCACAUGACGCCACAGACGAUCGAGAAGCCUCAUGUUUGUGCGGAACCCGAGAGCCGGGACGUCCCAGGGCGAGCUCGUCCUUUAAGGCGUGACCCGAGUAGAGCCGGGACGUCCCAGGGCGAGCUCGUCCUUUAAGACCUGAGUCUCACUUCAGGUCCUACGUUUAUAAAACAAAAACACAUUUCUCUAUUUAAAUAUUUAAAGCCAAUCCAUCAUUUUACUUGAUAUAAAGAAAAUCCCCCUAUGCAUUUUGUGAUUAAAUUAUUUAAAACAUUUGUAGUAAAUUCUGACGGUAAUGUUAUUAUUGUUAUAGUGAAUUUAUAAAUUAAAAUAUUCUGAAUUUUGUCUAAAUUUUGCUGUGGGUUUUAGAACCUUUUGUGCAGGAAAAGAUCAACAGUGUGUGCUUAAAGACUCAUCUGCAUCUGUUUGCUUUGCUUCAUUUCCACAUAGCCCCGCCCACACAGCCCCAGCACUUUUAGUUUCACUUUCACACAGGGACCCUCAGAGCUGGAACAACAGAGCUGCACUUUAGCACACACAGGUACAGGAGGCUGAGACCUGGGACCACAGAGAGUACCCGAGAGUGCCCGAGAGUGCCCGAGAGGCUCCAGCCGCUGGCACUAUAAAAGUUACACAGCGUAUUUAUUGGGGACAGUUUUUUGCUGCCAUUCGAUGCGAGUGUGCCUUGAAUAUUGAUCUUCCUGUUUAUGACCUUUUCCCCAGAAGAAUCAAAACUUUUACACGUCGUUAAAAUUGAGACUCGAAUCUGACAUUCGAAGAAGAAGAUUGAACUCACACAGUAGUUUAGCACAAAACGGCCGUGUCUGUGUGUAAAUAUAUGUAUGCUUAUGUACAUAUAAAGGCACAAACCUAUUUAUAGAUAUUUAUCCAAUUCUUCACGAGAGUCGGCCCCUCGGUGAAAAAGUCGAACGUAAGACGAGGUUUAAAUCUGUCAACUGGACGAAUCGUGGGAGUGAAGAUGUUUUUGGCUGCUCGUUCUUCAAAAAUAACUUCGUAAGAGCAGCUCAGGACCACAGUCGGCUGUUCAUCUCCGUCGUAAGACACUAACCGCUCCUUUGAAAAUAGUGAAGUUUACAGUUUCUCCUCCUUCACACAGAAAAAAAAGGCAGUGUCCAGCAGUAAUCUGACCACAACUGAAGAACAAACGGCGUAAACGAGCGGCCAAACGUCUCCACUCCUGCGACGUUUGGUCCAGUCCACAGAUUCAAACGUCGUCUUUUUCCGUGGAUCAGACCUGGACGACUGAGGGUUUACACAGACAUAAGACUGGACACAAAUCAGGAAACGCAAAACUUCACGAGAAUGACUUGGUGCACUCGGUCUAAAUACGUUUACAGUAUUGACAAGUACAAGGGUAAAAUAAUAUUUGCGUGUAUGUGUGUUUUAAGGUAUUUCUUUCCAGGUUUGCUUCUAAAGUUUCUCUGAAUGCCAUAGUGGCGACGUGUACAAUUGUUUUUCCUCCUUUUUGAUUUGGUGAAGGGGUUUUAGUAUAAAUAUAAAUAUAUAUAUGAAUAUAUAUUACAUUUUUCUUGUUUACUGUAAAAGUAUACCAGUAUUUGUAAUAUCGGAGAAUGCCUGGGCAUUUUACAAAAAUAGAAAAAAGGUUGUUUUUUAUUUUUUAUUUCGCAGUCCAACUUAAACUGUGGGUCUCUUAAACUGUUUUUGUCACUGUAACUGUUUGAGUAACUUUGAUUCUGCCUUGGGUGUAAUGAAAUAAAAAUAAAAGACUUAAAAAAUGACUGAGCUGUAACAAACUUGGAUUUGGUGAUGGGGCUGGUCCGAGCGGGAGCCAAAACGCACCAAAUCUCACCUUGUAUCUACUUUUUCUGCUGGAAUGAAAUACUCAUGGUGUCAUUGUCUUUUAUUUUAUUUUAUUUUUUUAAACGUGUGGGCUGUGUUCAUCCCUCGUUCAAGAGAUCCACUUCACUGCCAUGCUGUUUUCUCCGUUCGCCGGGCAGUGCGGGAACAGCGUCUGAAUUUCUACUGUUGUAAUUAGUGUCACUGUACAGAAGGGCGUGCGGAGGCUGCGGAGCGCGGCCUCGUCGCCACAAACACAUCGACGAUGCUGUUUUGUUUUUACCGCUCUCUUGGUUUGUACAUAGUUUUUUAAGACUAUGCUGUUUUGGGUUUCGUUUGAUUUUCUUGUAAUUUAAAACAGGCACUGACAGUGGCUCCUAUGUGGACG